AUGGUGGCGGUGACGUCACGGUCCAUCAUUGGCUUCCUAGCCCUUGGCAUCUGGGGGUGCGAAGCUACGGUCAGGAACGUAGCGAUUAUCGGUGCCGGAGCAGCCGGAUCGUCAACGGCGUACCACCUACAACGGUUCGCCGAAGAGCUAUCCCCAGACGUGGACUUCAACAUUACGAUAUUCGAGAAGACGGGACGGAUAGGCGGACGUACGCUGACGGUAGGGGUGUACGACGAUGACAGGCAGCCGGUGGAGCUGGGGGCGAGCAUCUUUGCGGGGGUGAAUGCCAUCCUGGUCAACGCCACACGCAACUUCGACCUGGAGCUGACCGGGCUGCGGGACGGGGAUCCGGGCGACGUGACGGCGAUAUGGGACGGGAAGAGGAUCGUGUACGACACCAAGGAAGGCGAUUCCUUCUGGUGGGACGCGGCCAGGCUGUGGUGGCGGUACGGCAUGAGCCCCUACCGGGCCUCGGGGCUGGUCAAGCGCGUGGUGGACCAGUUCCUCAGCCUGUACGAGGAGCCUUGGUUUCCCUUCCGAUCGCUCACGCAGAGGGCAUACGAGCUGGAGCUCUCCAAGCUGACGGGCGUGACGGGCGCUCAGCUGCUGGAGCAGAACGGCAUCACGGAGCAGUUUGGCCGGGAGAUACUGCAGGCGGCCACGCGCGUCAACUACGCCUCCAACCUGGCGCACCUGCACGGCGUGGACACGGCGGUGUCGCUCGCGGCCGAGGGCGCGUCCGCCGUCGAGGGUGGCAACUGGAGAAUAUUUGACGGCAUGGUGCGGCGGAGCGGUGCGGCCCUGCGGCUCAACACCACCGUGACGGCCAUCGACGUCGACGUCGACGCCGACGGCGGCGGCGAGCCAGGACGUGACGGCAAGAGAUACACCAUCACCACUACGGACAGCGAGGGGCGGUACCCCGUAUCGUUUGACAAGGUUGUGCUGGCGUCGCCGUGGCAGUUCAGCCGCAUCCGCGCCGACGAGAAUGUGCUCCGCCACAAGAUCGACGCCGUCAACUACACCAAGCUCCACGUCACGCUGCUCACCACGCCCUUCCGUCUGCGCCCCGGCUUCUUCGGCCUCGAGCCGGGAUCGAAGGCCCCCAGCAACGUGUACACCACCCUGCCCGUCGACGAGGAGCCUCGCCUCGGCAACGCCGCCGGGUCACCGGGGUUCUUCAGCGUCAGCACGCUGCGGCCUGUGACUGACCCGCGGUCUGGCAGGCGGGAGUUCCUCUACAAGAUCUUUUCGCCUGAGCCUGUCGAGCCGACGUUCCUGUCCGACAUCUUUGGCGUACACGUGGACGAGGUGAAGGGGAAGGGGGACGGCGGCCCCAUCUCGUGGUACUAUCCUACCUCGUUCUAUGCGUACCCCACGGCCUUGCCGCGCGUGACGUUCCAGGAUCCCGUGGUCGGAGACGGCGUCUUCUACACGUCUGGCAUGGAAGGUUUUAUAUCGACCAUGGAGACGAAUGCUCUGAUGGGAAUGAAUGUGGCGAGGUUGAUGGUUGACGAGGUGAGGGGGAAUUUUGUGAAGGAGUAUAAUGAUGAGCUGUAG